GUGCGUUUCCUAACAUUACACCUUACAAGCGUCAUUCAGCCGAGCCUUGCACGUCUCUCUUUUCUUCAUCCCCUCUUUAAAUCAUUCUCAACAACUAACUAAUAUCCAUUUCCAAAUCCCAUUCUUCCAUUUUCACUCAGUACAGAAGCCAUGGGAAGCGCUGCUAAGGGGAGAACCACCAUUGAUGUUGGAGCUGAUGGUGUAGCGGUCAUCACCAUCAUCAAUCCUCCUGUUAAUUCUCUCUCUUUCGAUGUUCUAAAUAGCUUGAAAGAUAGUUUUGACGAAGCCUUGAGAAGAGAUGAUGUGAAGGCAAUUGUUGUCACAGGUGCAAAGGGCAAGUUCUCUGGUGGCUUUGAUAUUACUGCAUUUGGUGGAAUUCAAAGGGGAAAUGUGGAUCAACCAAAGCCUGGUUUUAUAGCUGUGGAGAUUCUAACGGACACUGUAGAAGCUGCAAGAAAGCCUUCAGUUGCUGCCAUUGAUGGUCUUGCCUUAGGUGGAGGAUUAGAGGUUGCAAUGGCAUGUCAUGCUCGUAUCUCAACACCCACAGCACAACUGGGUCUGCCCGAACUUCAACUUGGAAUAAUUCCUGGAUUUGGAGGAACACAGAGACUUCCACGUCUUGUUGGUAUAACAAAGGCCCUUGAAAUGAUGUUGACAUCAAAACCAGUCAAAGGGCAAGAAGCUCAUUCUUUGGGGCUUGUAGAUGCUGUAGUUUCACCUAAUGAGUUGGUGAGCACUGCACGUCAAUGGGCCCUUGAUAUCUUGGAGCGUAGAAAGCCCUGGGUUGCUAGCCUUUACAAGACUGACAAGUUAGAUUCCCUUGGAGAAGCGAGGGAGAUUUUCAAGUUUGCAAGAGCACAAGCUCGGAAACAGGCUCCUAAUCUCAAACAUCCAUUAGUUUGCAUCGAUGUCGUUGAAGAGGGUAUAGUUUCUGGUCCUCGAGCUGGACUCUGGAAGGAGGCUGACGAAUUUCAAAUACUCGUUCGUUCUGACACCUGCAAGAGCUUGGUCCACAUCUUUUUUGCUCAGCGUGGAACCACAAAGGUUCCUGGAGUUACUGACAGAGGCUUGAUGCCUAGACGAGUGAACAAGGUUGCAGUGCUUGGUGGAGGACUAAUGGGUUCUGGCAUAGCAACUGCAUUGAUCCUUAGUAAUUACCAGGUUAUUCUGAAAGAAGUAAAUGAAAAGUUCUUGCUAGCUGGAAUCGAUAGAGUUAGAGCCAACCUAAAAAGCCGUGUCAAGAAAGGAAAAAUGUCUCAAGAGAAGUUUGAAAAGACCCUCUCUCUUCUUAAGGGUGUUCUUGAUUAUGAAAGCUUCAAAGAUGUGGAUAUGGUCAUUGAGGCUGUUAUUGAAAAUGUUUCUUUGAAGCAACAAAUAUUUGCUGAUCUUGAAAAAUAUUGCCCACCACAUUGCAUUCUUGCCAGCAACACCUCCACAAUUGACUUGAAUUUGAUUGGCCAGAGGACCAUGUCCCAGGAUCGGAUUAUUGGAGCUCAUUUCUUUAGUCCGGCUCAUGUCAUGCCACUCUUGGAAAUUGUUCGUACCAACCAAACGUCACCCCAAGUAAUUGUGGAUUUACUAGAUGUUGGAAAGAAAAUAAAGAAGACUCCUGUUGUAGUUGGAAAUUGCACAGGAUUUGCUGUCAACAGGAUGUUUUUCCCCUACACCCAAGCUGCUAUUUUGCUAGUUGAACACGGGAUGGAUCUUUAUCAGAUUGAUAGGGCAAUCACCAAAUUUGGAAUGCCAAUGGGUCCAUUCCGGUUGUGUGAUCUGGUUGGUUUUGGUGUGGCAAUCGCAACUGGCAUGCAAUUUGUUGAGAAUUUCCCUGAGCGAACUUAUAAAUCAAUGCUGAUCCCACUAAUGCAAGAGGACAAGAGAGCAGGGGAAACUACUCGCAAAGGGUUCUAUUUGUAUGAUGACAAGCGCAAAGCUAGUCCAGAUCCUGAAUUAAGGAAAUACAUUGAGAAGGCAAGAAGCAUUUCUGGUGCUACCAUUGACCCCAAGCUUGCUAAGUUACCUGAAAAAGACAUUGUGGAGAUGAUAUUCUUCCCAGUAGUGAAUGAAGCCUGCCGAGUCUUUGCUGAAGGAAUCGCUGUUAAAGCUGCAGACCUGGAUAUUGCUUCUGUUAUGGGCAUGGGAUUUCCUUUUUACAGGGGAGGCAUUUUGUUCUGGGCUGAUUCUCUUGGAUCAAAAUAUAUAAAUUCAAGACUGGAGGAGUGGUCAAAGAUGUACGGAGAAUUCUUUAAGCCCUGUGAUUUCUUGGCUGAAAGAGCUGCCAAGGGUGCUCCACUGAGUGCUCCAGUGGAACAAGCAAAAUCUCGGUUGUAAGAUUAAUGUGACCAUUGGAUUGGGGGACUCAUUUUUCUUGAAUCUUUUUUCCUCUUCCCUUUUCCGAAUGCUAAGCUAGUAGCUUAAUAAUGUAUAACAUGGAAAAAUGUAGACAAUAAGGAUUACCUAAGAAAUGAGAGCUUAGAUAUUAAAUAAUAUUUUUUAUAUGGUUAUGUCUAAAUAGA